GGUGUGAUUGCUACAGUUGGUAACCUAAUGGUACUGACGAUGUUUUGUCGAGAACAACAAUUUAGAAGGAAACCACAUGAUCUUCUAUUGCUGAAUCUGGCUAUAGCUGAUAUAGGAAUAUCCGUUUGCUGUAAAAAACUAGAAGUUGAAAAACACGUUACCUGGAUAUGUCUGCUAAUGACAGGAACGUUUACCAUUCUCUGGUCACCUUAUACGUUUGUGUGUCUUUGGUCUGUCUAUGAUGCUAAUCUACCAAUAUGGAUCACUACCUGGCCAACCAUGUUUGCUAAAGCUUCUUGUAUGAUUAAUCCGAUCAUCUAUUACCUAAGUAAUCCAUUAUUCAGGAAAUGUGCUAGAAGACUUUUAAGCUGCCAAUUCCACCAGAGAGAUAUCGUUAGGUAA